AUGAAGUUCUCUCAUAGCUUGCAGCUGAACAGCUUACCAGAAUGGUCUGACAAAUACAUCAACUACCAACACUUGAAAAAGGUUGUAUACUCGCUUGAGCGGGCGCAGUAUUCCGGAUCAGCGCAAGAAGUCCCGGAACUAUUGGGCGGUGAUCAUUUUGAAAAUGAGUCUGAGCACCUUUUAAAUGACUCGCCAUCGGAUACGGACAAGGUAUUCGUUGUGCAGUUGGACAAGGAGUUGCGGAAAAUUGUCGACUUUUACUGCGCUAAAGAAAAAGAGCUUGUCGACAAUUUGGACGUGGUCCGGGAUCACAUUCGUAUGGCGGAAGAUGAAUACGAGGGGAAUGUGUCUGGGGCCGACUCGGACGCAGAUCUGAGCGAAGACCUCGACGAAUCGACCGCGCACGAUCGACGCCAUAAAGUAGCAUCACACACAAGACGCCACUGGAGAUCUCGUGCAAGCUCCGACACUGAGAAUCCUACACCAAGCGAGUCCAGCGAAACGCUUCCCUUAUAUCGACGCUGGUUCAAAACGUUUGGAAGGCGCGGCUCGUUCCGCAGAACGCAUCAUCGCCGCUCAUCCGCGCAAGAAGGAUCGGACUUUGAAUUUUUCCAUGGUGGAAAUGCUAGCCUUUAUGAAAGCCAUUCCGAUCAUGCCGCGCCCCGUUCCGUUUGGACAUCGCCAGACGAAUUCGCGAUUGAUAUUCGCCUUACGUUAAAGCGCGAGAUCAAUGAAUUGUACAAUUACUUUUACGAGCUGCAACAGUAUGCGGAACUGAAUAUCACUGGUAUGAAGAAGAUCUUGAAAAAAUACGACAAGAUCAUUGCCAGUCAUUUGAAAGAGAGAUACUUGGAGCGGGUAGUGAAGGCCAAAUACCCAUUCCAAAUAGAGGCGAAGCAUAGAUUGGAGGAGUAUCAAGAAGAAGUCGUACACAUGUACGCGCAUGUUGCAACGCGCAACGAUACUCAGCAAGCGGAGCAGCAACUGCAGUCGCAACUUCGUGAGGAAGUCGUAUGGCAGCGAAACACGGUCUGGCGCGAAAUGAUUAAUAUUGAGCGUCGCGCACAGGCCGCCUCUUUGGAAAAGAGCUUGAUUGGGACUGCUGCCGGUGAUUUGCUCACAGAUGAAGUCCGGCCAGCGAGAGUCUUGCAUACCCGUUUUGGCGACAUAAUGAUUCCAUCAUUUAUCACGGCAGGUACUGUGCAGCUUUUCCUUUCGGUAGCGCUGUUCAUCAUGUUGCUCAAAAACCCAUUUCUGCGCAUCUUUGAAAAAGUGGAAAUGCAAAACUGCUUUGCGAUGCUUGUUUUUUGCACCUGCCUAUGGGUAACAGAGGUCAUUCCAUUGUUUGUCACCUCUCUCUUAGUCCCAUUCUUGAUUGUUACGCUUCGUGUGGUGCGCGUGGAAGGCAAAAAAGGAGAAACGGAAAGACUCGGAGCGCCAGAAACAAGUAAGUGGAUUUUUCAGCAAAUGUUUGCGCCCAAUGUGUCCCUGUUGCUCGGUGGAUUUACGCUUGCGGCUGCGUUGUCCAAGUAUGGUAUUGAUAAGGUGCUUGCCACGCGAGUUUUGCGUUUUGCUGGCUCCAGGCCAAGUACAGUUCUCCUCGCGCACAUGCUGGUGUCUUGUUUUGCGAGCAUGUGGAUUUCGAAUGUGGCAGCACCAGUGCUCAUGUUUUCCUUGGUGCAGCCCAUUUUGCGCAACCUGCCACCGCAGUCGCCGUUUGCAACAAGCCUUGUCAUGGGAAUUGCACUGGCAUCCAACAUUGGGGGCCAAACGUCGCCCAUUGCAUCCCCCCAGAAUUUGAUCGCGUUGGAAUACAUGGAAGAACCGAUUGGCUGGUUGCAAUGGUUUGCGAUUACAAUACCCGUCUCAGGACUGUCGCUCUUGGCACUUUGGGCGUUGCUCUUGUGGAACUUUGGCACGGGCAAUAAUAUCUUGAUCAAGCGUAUACCUGAACCAAAUGAACCAUUCCAGAGGACGCAAUGGUUUAUCUCUGCCGUGUGCCUUGGCACAAUCGUGCUGUGGUGUUUGGAGCGGAGUAUCGAGUGGAUUGUAGGCGAUAUGGCUGUUAUUGCAAUCCUUCCGCUUGUGCUUUUUUUCGGAACUGGCAUUCUGACCAAAGAAGAUUUCAACAAUUUUCUGUGGACUAUCGUCUUUUUGGCCAUGGGCGGUAUUGCGCUUGGAAAAGGUGUAGAUGCUAGCGGCUUGCUCGCCAACUUGAACGCACUCAUUCAGAGGAAUGUCGACGGGUUGCCAUUUUGGGGCAUCCUCUUCCUCUUGGUGAGCAUUGGUUUGACCGUGGCUACAUUCAUCUCGCACACCAUUGCAGCUGUAUUGCUCGUUCCGAUUGCUGCAGAGAUGGGUGCAAGUCUAGCGGAUCCACAUCCGCGCCUGCUAAUCAUGGUCACUGUUCUCACCGCUAGUGCAGCGAUGGGACUGCCCAUUUCUGGCUUCCCGAAUAUGACGGCGAUUAAUUUGGAGGACGAAGUGGGGCAACGAUACGUGUCUGUCAAAACAUUUUUGCGUGUUGGUGUGCCUGCAAGCAUCAUUGCGACGACGAUUAUUGCUACAGUGGGAUACUCCAUUAUGAAAUUGUUGGGAUUGUAA